UUGGCGGUCACCGGCGGUCUCUCAGGACCCUUCAGAUCAACAUGGCGACCACCGGAUCGAAUUCAGCUCUGUUCGUCUGCUUGGGGAAUAUUUGCCGAUCCCCCAUCGCUGAAGCAGUCUUCAGGAAGAUGGCAACAGAUGCUGGCGUUGUCGAUAAGUGGAGGAUAGACAGUGCUGCCACCUCCACCUAUGAAAUAGGAAACCCUCCAGACCACCGCGGUCAGGCCUGCAUGAAGAAACAUGACGUGCCCAUGAAGCAUGUGGCCAGGCAGGUGACUAAGGACGACUUCAUGAGCUUUGACUACAUUCUCUGCAUGGAUGAGAGCAAUUUGAGUGAGUUGAACAGGAAAGCAAAAGCUGUGAAAAACAGCAGUGCAAAGAUUGAGCUUCUCGGUUCAUAUGACCCAGACAAGCAGCUCAUCAUCAAUGACCCGUAUUAUGGGAGUGACGAAGACUUUGAAAAGGUGUAUGAACAGUGCGUACGUUGCUGCACAGCAUUCCUGAAGAUGAACUCCUAACAACAUCCGACCUUAAAUGACCUGUGCAAAAUCAACCAAGUAUUCUUCAACUUCGUUACAAAAGCACUAGUCAGUAUAUUGUAACACUUGUGUGCGUGUCACUGGAAGACCAGUAGGAAACACAUUUGUUUCAGUGUUGUAAAUGUUAUACAAACCACACAUUGUGUUUAUUUAGGAAGAUGCUGCCUAGAUGAAUUUGUAGAAAUGAGGUGAAUAAAGGAAUAGAUAAAUCA